UGCACAGGAAUGCAGAAACACGUAGUGUGGGUUAGACAACUCUAGUCUGUAUUUGUCUAAAAGCGAACCCUGAACGAAGUGGUCACAGGAAACCCUACAACGAAAGGUGUCAGUUAUCUUACCCUAUGGGGGAGUGGACGAUAGCUGUCAUUGAUGUCGAGGAGGCCCUCCCUCCAUCCUUCUUUCAGUCCGAGGCAGAAGCCAAACCUAAACCCUCAACAUCGGGCUCUGAACCCACUCCAGAGGUUCCGGUCUCGGAGCCCAACGGUUGGAACCGAACCCUUCCUUCUUCCUUACUUGCAGACACAGAAGCCAAACCCAAACCUCCAGUACCCGCUCCAGAGGUUGCGGUCUCGGAUCCCACCGUUUGGACCGUAGCUUCGAAGACCGAAAGUGCUGUUUCGGAGCCAAGACCCGACGAUACACAAAACGCGCCACAACCAAAACCAACCCCUUCCAGUCAACCGAAGAAGAGAUAUUUUUCAGACUUGUUCACCAAGCUCAGUGCGAUUAGCACCUUAGGAAGAGCAGCAAAGGCGAAGCCAGUGGACCCUGAAGAGAUAUCGAUCAGACGAGACAGCGAUCCACCUUCUCCACAGCCCGUCGAAAAAGACAGCGAUCCACCUUAUCCAGAGCCCGUCGAAAAAGACACAACAGUGCAAGUGACCACAAUGGCAGAUGUCAACGCCACCCAACUUGAAGUUCAUCCCGAGCCUACGGUCCCGGACCGGAUGGUGGAUGUGAAGUCUUCGGACGUGGUUCAGAGGGACACCGAGCAAGAUUCGGGCACGUACGAUGAUGGGCAAGACAACGUGAGCGUGAGCUCUGAUAAUACAACCAACUCAGACCAACUCUACACAGACACAGAGGACCCACCGACAGCAGACCCAGAGUCAGUUGUACCUGUGCAUGACGAACUGACAGAAGCUGGCAACACCCAGGCAGCAACAGGGGAAGGAGAGGCUGCACCAGCAACUACAGAACAACAAGGAGAUGACAACAAAGAGAAAAAGAAGAAGAAAAAGACACCAGGAUGCACAGGGAAUCUAUUCAGCUGUAUGAAGAAACCAGGAUCAAAAAAGAAAAAGGAGACAACAAAAAAUGGAGAACCUGAAAAAGGUACUGAAGAACCAGUUCAAGAAAGUAAAGAAGAAGUGAGGAAGGAAGAGCAGAAAGAAGAUGCUGAGAAGGAAGACGAAACAUAUGAAGAAGUAACACCACCAGUGGGAGAUAAUAAGAAUUCAACAGUUCAGAAAGAAGCUUAAAAGCCCAUAUCUGUACACAUUAGAUUUCAUCAGGUAGGGUAAUCUAUACUGUAACAGUUUCUUUGCUACCUCACCAAUCAGGCAA